AUGGUCCCUCUAACAAAAGUGCUGGUUGUAUAUAUGUUUAUGGCGUGGUGUGAUUAUUUCAUUGUGAAACAGACCACUCAAGCCGCAGUUGGAGAAGCUCAAAUGGUUCCUGUAAUACCAGUUUAUGAGGACUCUUCGGAUGAUGUGCGAAAUUCGUUGACAACAAAAGCUACUAAAGAAAAUGGACAAAUGAGCACAAUCGAAACUGGAACUAAUAAAGCUACACUCAGUCUGCAAGCUUCAGGGACAACUUCCAUAGAAUCCACAACCAGUACACUGGACCUUCAAUCGACAUCUGGACACAUAUUUACAACGUCAACUUCAACAACUUCCCCGACGUCCGGUCUCGGGUUACCAGCUGUUGUGACAUCCGAUUAUAAAUACGAUAAUAUUGAAGAAACGGCAUCCGAAUACACAUAUUACUAUACAUAUUACAAUGAUGAAAUGACGGAGGAAAGUACAACACAUGAUAUCAUUGGAGAAGCGUCAAUAACCUAUUCCACUUCAACUAUGACAACUGGAGCAAUCAGCGAUCCAUCAGCAGAUAUGCCAUUUUAUAUCCAGCCUUUUGAUGUCGGGUCCACUAUUUCUAGUUUCGAAGAGCUACCCGAUCAAACAACACAUUCAAACCCAGUCGAAAUAUCAACAGCCAUUAGCAGCACUCAUGGCAAAACAACAACUCACACAAAUCUCGGGCAAACAACAGCUAUCGAUCCAACAACAGCUCAUUCAUUUACCACAAAGAAAGGUCGUCUCACAAAAUUCGAAGAAGCGAAAUUGAUGUAUUCAAGACUCUUGACUAAUUAUGAUACAAGAAUACGACCAAUUCAGAAUCAAACAAAGCCUGUUUAUGUUAAUACAAAGUUUGUUCCUCUUUCUGUGGUAGAAUUUGAUACCUCCAAGCAACGAUUUUCGAUGCUUGGUUACUUUCGAAUUCGUUGGACUGACGAACAGAUGAUCUGGCGUCCAAAGUUGUUCCAGUAUAUUGACCACGUAAGGCUUGCUACUACAGAACUCUGGACCCCAAACAUUGUCAUUUCUAAGUCCUUUGACGGACAUGGCGGCGUGGGAAAUCCCGAAACGGACAUUCUAAUGGUUUCUUGGAACGGUAUUGUCCAGUGGGUACCGGAUUCAACAUACUCGGUUGUGUGUGACGUCGACAUUCAGUACUUUCCGUUUGACGACCAAACCUGCACGGUUACGUAUUACGCUGCAGAUGAGACGGUGGACACCGUAGAACUCGACCACUAUCUCGGCACUGACAUGUCUGAGUACUCAGAAAACCCCUCCUGGCUUAUCGUUGGAGCUUCCCGCAACCGAUACGUCAAGGAAAAUAACUGGUACAUAGACGUGAAGUUCCGCCUUCAGAGACGUGCCAACUUUGCGGCGUUUACGUUGAUCACUCCUCUAAUGAUGUUAGCUUUCUUAAACAUCUGUGUCUUUCUCGUGCCUAUAAAUUCGGGUGAGAAAGGGUCUUUCUCGGUAACAAUGUUCUUAUCAUACGGAAUCUUCUUUACGAUGAUCAGUGACUCUCUGCCCCAUAACUCUUUGCAGAUAUCGUUCUUUAUCCUGUUAAUUGUCGCAUUGCUCUGCCUUAGUGUCGUUGCGGUUUUCUACACAGUUAUUCAAGCUAAACUGGUCACAGUCAUUGGCUCCAAGCAGUGUCCAAUCACAUGUCUCCGCAAACUUCGUUGGUCGAAAGUCAACAAGGUGACUCCCAUUGAACACUACAUUGAGACCGGCAAACAAGAUCCCGAAGAUGAGCCUUACACUUGGAAAGAUUUCCUUGAACAUCUUGACACGUUUCUGUUCGUUUUGUUUCUGGUCACGAUUCUACUAAUUACUGCAUUAUUCUUCGCAAUCCUUAUGCGAAACGUUGCAACUGUCGAUAAUAUGUUUGAUGAGGAUCCAGAGACCACCAAGCGGUCAACUCCAGUAACAACUGUGGCAUCUGGCUGA